UCAUGCGAUUUGUGCAAAGCUCGCAUUUGUCUUGCGGAACUCGCACAUAUUGGUGUUGAUUGUAAAUAAAGCUAUUCAAAUAGUGUUCAAUACGUACAAUUCAUAUUUGCAUAGUAAUGGAUGUCGAAAUACUAUCAGCCACGGGCUCCAAAUCAUAUGGAAGAUGCCACGUCCCUCCUAGUACUACCGUUGGCGAUUUGCGAUAUAUCAUACAUAAGCAAUAUAAAAGCACACCGGCCCCGGAACGUCAAUCUUUGCGACUAGAACCCCGUGGAAAGGCUCUUAAAGAAACGGAUACCUUGGAGUCUCUUGACAUUGGAAAAUCCAAUAAGAUUUAUAUAAAAGACUUGGGACCACAGAUAGGUUGGAAGACUGUAUUUUUAGCUGAAUACGCCGGGCCUCUCUUUGUAUACCUUAUAUUCUAUGCUCGUCCGGAUAUCAUCUAUGGUGAAGCCGCAGAUAAGCCAAUUUCCUUAACAGCACACAUUGCAGCUGGCUGCUAUACCGUGCAUUAUUUAAAACGAAUUUUGGAGACUAUAUUCGUGCAUCGUUUCUCGCAUGCGACUAUGCCUAUUCGCAAUCUCUUCAAAAAUUGUAGCUACUACUGGGGAUUCACAGCCUACGUUUCAUAUCACGUUAAUCAUCCGUUAUUCACCAGUCCUUGCUGCCUUCAAGUCUGGAGUUUUUUGGCUGCUUUUGCGAUUUGUGAGUUGGGUAAUUUUUCUAUUCACAUUGCCCUCCGCAACUUACGCCCACCUGGCACUAAAGUGCGCCGAAUUCCGAUACCUGAUGGAAAUCCCUUCACAAAACUGUUCAACUUGGUAUCCUGCCCCAACUACACGUACGAGAUUGGAUCAUGGGUGGCAUUCUCUCUAAUGACCCAAUGUCUACCAGCAUUGCUUUUUGCUAUAGCUGGUGCUUAUCAAAUGACUGUUUGGGCUCUAGGUAAACACCGUAAUUACAAGAAAGAGUUUAAAGACUACCCCAAGGGUCGUCGGGCCAUUUUCCCGUUUGUCCUAUAAAUGGUCAACGAAAAUUUGCUGACAGAAAAUAACAUUUCCAUUGCAAUAACUUUAUUGCUUUUGUAAUACUUUAAAACAUUUGAACAAACUAAGUUAUAAUUGUCAUAGGUGUUAGAUUUAACUUGGUGUAGCAGCUGUAUUAAUGUGUUGAUACUCCCAAUAUAUGUUUGUAUGAAUUAACUGAUAACUAUUAAUAAAUUUCAAUGGCUUUGUGAAGGAAAUAUUUCACACUGAUUUUCUAUUAAUAA